AUGGAAGAGAUACACCGUGAGCAUGAGGGUGACCCUUCAUUCUGGGCCCCUGGUACCCUGACUUUAGAAGACUUACAGCGAGGACGUGACAAGAUAAUCCUGCAUCCCGUCCCCACGUCAGAUCCCAAUGACCCUUUGAAUUGGGCUAAAUGGCGCAAGGCCCUCAAUUACUCGAUAGUCUGCUUCUAUGUGCUCAUGACCUUCGUCGAGCUCGACAUUGGAUUCGUGGCCUGGGAAGAUUAUCAGACCGAGUUGGGCUUUACUGUCGACCUCUUGAACAGUGGAGCGGCAGUCAACUAUGCUGGGCUGGCUAUUGGCUGCAUCUUCUUCAUUCCUCUCGUUCACAAGUAUGGCCGUCGGCCACUGUAUCUGUUUAGCACAGCCGUUCAACUAGCGUCUGUCGUCUGGUUUGCAAAGACAUACACCAAAGGAGACCUCAUCGGCAGCAAUCUUAUCUCUGGGCUGGGCGGUGCAAUCAGUGAGACCAUCGCACAAAUCACGAUUGCAGACAUAUUCUUCGUCCACCAGCACGCGCAAAUGAAUGGUUGGUAUCUCAUUGCCACUUCCGCCGGCGCUUUUCUUGGGCCGGUGGCUUCUGGAUACAUCGUCAUCAGUCAAGGAUGGAGGUGGAUGUUCUGGUGGUGUGUCAUCUUCUUCUCUAUCAAUCUAAUUGUCGUCAUUUUCUUCUUUGAGGAAUCGAAAUACGUCGGUGUCCUCAUCGGGCAUAGCAGGAAUCAACCGGCAAACAAUGCAGAACCCACGUCUGGCGAAACUGCCACCACUGAACACGAGACUAUUUGCCGCAGAGCAGAUGAUACCGCCAAGCAAGCUGAUCCAAGUCAGUCCCUGGAGCGGACUCGGAGCGAGACCUUUAUCGACCCCUCCAUCCCGAAGAAGUCAUACCGCGAACGUCUGGCGCUUUUAACGCCGACAAAUGGCUCGGUCUUCCACGACUUCUAUCAACCCGUCGAGUUAUUGUUCACCUUCCCAGCCAUUUCAUUCUGCGCAAUUACCUACGGCAGCUUGUUGGCUUGGUUCGCAGUCAUGACUUCUAUUCAAGCCACCUAUCUCUUCUCUCCACCAUACAACUUCACCGCGGUUGGUGUUGGGUUGAUGAACCUUGCUCCAUUCGUCGGAACCAUUCCAGGUACGCUGGUGGGUGGGUGGCUGAACGACAAGUCGAUUAUGUGGCUAUCGAAGCGCAACAAUGGCAUUUAUGAACCCGAAAUGCGUCUCUGGCUAGCCUUGCCUUCAGCCCUCUUAACUCCGGCUGGGAUUUUGAUGUUUGGCUUAGGUCUCAACGCUGGCGCCGCGUGGCCCCUAAUUGCAGUCGGGUACGGUCUAUGGGGUUUCGGAUUUGGCGCCGCCACUGAUGUAGCACUCUCUUAUACCAUGGACUGCUAUCAGGAUCUUAUUGGCAACGCGCUCGUGGGCAUUGUGUUUUCGCGGAAUGUUUUCUCAGUGAUUGUACUCUUCGCCCUUACCCCAUGGGUUAAUGGCAUGGGCCUGCAAAACAUGCAUAUCCUUAUAGCGGUUAUUUGCCUUGUGAUUCUGCUCCUUCCCGUGCCCCUGUUGGUCUGGGGCAAGAAUUUCAGAAUCUCCUCAGCAAGAAGGUACAAAUCAAUGGCACUCCGGCAACCAACUCACCGGGACCUGUGA